AGGAGAACGUAGAAGGCAACAUACUCUAGAUGUCUUCCACAGACAUGAAUGGAUAUUGGAAAAUGAUAAGCAAUGAAAACUUUGAUGAAUAUAUGGAAGCACUUGAUGUAAAUAUUAUCACCAGAAAAAUUGCCAGCUAUCUCAUCCUUGAUAAGGAGAUUGUUCAGAAUGGUGAUCAUUUUAAUAUCAAGACUCUCAGCACCUUUAGGAAUUACCACAUGGAGUUUGAUGUUGGAAAGGAGUUUGAGGAGGAUUUGGUUGGCAUAGAUGAUAGGAAAUGCAUGACUACCGUAAACUGGGAGGGAGACAAACUGGUGUGUGUACAGAAAGGAGAGAAGGAGGGAAGAGGCUGGACACAAUGGGUGAAUGGAGAUGAGUUACAUGUGGAAAUGCAAGCCUGCGGCAUGGUGUGUAAGCAAGUUUUUAAGAGACAAGUUCUCGACUGAGGUGCCUUCAACCACAAGUAUUUUAUCGUGAUUUGCUGUCUGCCUGAUAAUAACAGUCAUUAGUGCGUUUAACAUUGUCAUCUUUUAAUUAUGUUGUCUUUUUUAUUCCUUCAAUUAUUGACAUCAAUAAAAGAAAGUUUGGACUAAGCUUUUUACAAGAAAAUAAAAUGGGAACACAUAGACACAAACAGUAAAUACUCUGAUAUUGUAUAGGUUCUGGUGCAGAAAGAUCUAGCAAAUGGAAAUAAAUUCAAUAAAUCAGAUGAUUUGUAGAAAGAAUAACAUUAAUUUGUAAAAAAUAAUAAAUGAAAUAAAAUCAAUCUAAAGAAGAACUUUGAAGAAAUGUAACAAUACAGAAAUAAAAAGGUUUGGUUAUAAAUGUUGAGAAAAUAAAUCUAAAGAUAUAGCCAAGUACUAAGUCCUGGAACAAAACUAAUAAUACAAAGUAUUGCUUCGUCUAAGGAAUUAAGUAAACGAGAAAAAGUCAAAGUACAGAGAUGAUUUGAAGCUUCAGAUCUGGAGUCAGUUGCGGAGAGCAAAAAGUUAGAGAUUAGUCUGCCAACCAAAGAUUCGUUAGAGUCUACAUAUCCUAUGUGUAAGUGCAAAAGCACUUCCUUUUUAGGUGCAAGAGUUCUGCGUGAUGUCCUGCAAUAACUCAGGUUGUCAGGUCAGCGCGCUCUGACUUACUGAGGUGCGAAAGCUGUGGUUAAGUCAAAAUGUCCAAAACAGACCCCCUUGCAUGUUUGUUGUAGCUAGGUACUGCAUUGUAAAUGACUGAACUCUUCAUGAUGAGCAAAGCAAUAGAAUAAAGAAUAAAAACAGACACUUAGUUCUAUCUGACUCCGACUCUGCGGUCUUUGGAGGUAUUCGAGUUUGCACGAACUCUCAUACAAUGUCAUACAAAGAGAACAACCUAAUAUUCCAGCAUACACGUUGAACAUAACUGAGUACAUUGAUAGUAUGAAUGUACAGAUACAUGAGUACAAUGAUGAUACGAAUAGAGAAAUUAGUACAUUAACGUGGAUAUAUGAAUGCGAUUGCAUAAAUGAUUAUAUUUUAUUUCAAGCAUAUCAU